GUCGACAACGGCAGCGCUGAACGAAAUCAUGUCGCACAUUUUCAUUGUUGAAUUUUUCGCUAGAAAUUCAACAGCGACAACCGCAGCAACAGCAGCAGCAGCGCAGUAACGUUAUUGUCAAAUGCAGCGACGUCGCUGCCGACAGCGGGCUACCAAUACAAUUGCAGUGCGUGGCGCGUGUCAAUCAGUCGACGCUAAUAACUCGACUGGUCCGGUUAACGGAGAACGGUUAACGUUACAGCUGACGUUUUAAACCGAUUCAGCAAACACAUUAUAACCGUUUCGCAAGUCGCGCGCGUUUUUCUAGUCGCCCAAACAAAAAUUCACAAAGCAACAGCGGAAGAAGCAGAAAAAACAGCGCCAGCAGCAGCAAAAUAAUAAUAAUAAAUUUUGUGGCAAGCGUCAGUAAAUCAUUAAAUUAAUAGCCCCACGCACACACACACACACACACACACACACACACACACACGCAGCGGCACAGCUGUUGUGCGUGAGUGUUGUUGGUAUUUGCCAGGAGGAGGAAGAGAAAGCGCUGCCUUCUGCUAGUGCCUUGAAAAUUGGCGGCAGUUGACCGCAGCGACGACGACGCAUGCAACACACACACACACACACACACACAUACGUACACAUACACAUAGGCACAUUGAGUUAGCGAGAGUUCGUCAUCAGGCAGAAGCAGGCGGGAAGGCGCCGUGUUUCGUCCCCUUCGCCCAUUGUGACAUUUGAUUUAUUUGACGUGUGUGUUUUUGAUAGAAGCUCAACACGAAACUGACACGUUCACACACACAAACACGCACACAAACACACACACACACACACACACACACACAUACAAAGUAUACGUAGCAGACGCCGCUCUCAAGAAUUCAAACGUGGAACGAAAAUAAAAUGAAAUACAUUUGAUUUGUGCUUGUAUUUGUAUUCGAACUCGUGUAUUUGGCUUAGUUAAGUGCGUUCGCGUUCGCCUCAAAGUGUGACCAACAAACAACAAACAACAAAUAAUAACAAUAACAACAACAACAACAACAAUUCGCCAAUCGAUGUGCGAACUUAAUAACAGUAUUUAAAGGCAGAGACAACAAAACUAAAUUAUUCACAAAAAUGAUGCUACACGAGGCUGUCAUGUUGGAGAUCUAUCGCCAGGCGUUGAGUGCAAGCGAGCUGGCGAGUCCGCGUUGUCAAUCGCGGGAAUCGAAUGCAUCGGCGGCCGCUGGAGACGCCCGCUGCCCGUCCAACGAGUCGCACUGCUCGGCCAACGAUUGCCUGACCCCGGCGCCCACGCCCACAGCCAGUUCGCCGGUGGGCCUGCCGCUGACCGCGACCCUGGCGCCCUCGGCAGCUGCGGCUCUGCUGCCGCCGCAGUCGGCAGCGAUGGCCGCUUACCUGGCGGCCGCGCAACAGAAUCACCUGCUGCUGACCAAUCCGUUGGCGGCGGCCGCUUCGCUGGUGCAGCAGGCCACACAGCAGGCCGCCUCGCCGGGCGGCCAUGCGCUGGAGGAGGAGGCGCCCGCCUUGGACUUUAGCCGGAAGCGCACGCCCAGCGAUUGCGAGGCGACGGCCAGCGACGAGGAUCAGGAACAGGAUCAGCCGGAUCAGGAGUCGGCGCCUCUGGACUUAUCCGUGAGCACGCGCAAGCGCCAAACGCCGAGCAUCGAGCAGGACACGCCGGCGCGCAAGCUGCCACGUGGCACAGACUACAAAUCCCCGCUGCCGCCAGGCAGCUGGGUGCCACCCAUCAAUCCCUACCUGGCUGCCGUGGCGGCCAAGUCCGGGCUGAGCGGCAAAAUGGCGCCCAGCGAGGCGAGCAAGGCGCUGGAGAAGAUGAGCGAGAUGAGUCGCCUGGAGACACCGCCGCCAAGCAGAGGAGCCAGCGGUGGAGGUGGCGGUGGCGGCGGAGGAACUGGUGGAGGUGUCACAUCUGUGACUGGAGGCGGAGGCGGUGGCGGCCGGCACAGCGCCUGGCAAUCGCACUGGCUGAACAAGGGUGCGGAUGCGGCCAAGGAUGUGUUCAAGUGCGUGUGGUGCAAGCAGAGCUUCGCGACGCUGGCGCUGCUCACCACGCACAUGAAGGAAACGCAGCACUGCGGCGUCCAGGUGCCCUCGCCCUCGGCGGGCCUUAGCCAGGCGGCAACGCGCACCACCAAUGCGACGUCCACAACGACCUCGAACUGCUCCAGCAGCAGCUCGACCUCCUCCAGCUCGUCCAAGUCCGAGCUGAACAUGCUCAUCAAGGAGACAAUGCCGCUGCCCAGGAAGCUGGUGCGCGGCCAGGAUGUCUGGCUGGGCAAGGGCGCCGAGCAGACGCGCCAGAUCCUCAAGUGCAUGUGGUGUGGCCAGAGCUUUAGGUCGCUGGCGGAAAUGACCAGCCACAUGCAGGAGACGCAGCACUAUACCAAUAUCAUAUCGCAGGAGCAGAUCAUCUCCUGGAAGUCCGGCGACGAGCGCCCAACCAAUGGCAACCAGGGCCAGGGUCAGGGCGGCGGCAGCAGCAGCAGUGCCACGCCCACUGCGACCAGUGUCAGCGCCGUGUUGACGUGCAAGGUAUGCGACCAGGCGUUCGCCACGCUCAAGGAGCUGAGCGCCCACAUGGCGCAGCAGUCGCACUACAAGGACACGGCCUCCAGCUGCUCCUCAUCGCCGCCAGCGCCGCCAUCCGGCUCUGCCGCGGCGCUGAGCUCGAAACGCGGCCGUCAGCCGCGCAACGAGAAGCGCAAAAAAUCGCUGCCAGUGCGCAAACUCCUGGAGCUGGAGCGCUCCGGCAGCGGCGCCGGGCUAGACUCGGCGCUGAAGCCGCUGCGCGACUUUGCGGCCGCCACGAAGAUCACGUGCGAAAAGUGCGGCAGCAAGAUCGAGACCGCGCUAUUCGUGGAGCAUAUACGCAAAUGCCUCGGCGACAGCAUACCCAUACCGCCCCGCAGGCCGCCAGCACAGGAGCAGCAUCCGCACCAGCGUCUGGCCAGUCCCAGCAUAUCGGAGAAGCCAAGCAGCAGCUCGGGAGCACCCUCCGUGCUGAAUGCGCUCGAGCAGCUGAUCGAGAAGAGCUUCGAGUCACGAAUGGGUCGGUUGGCGCCGGGCUAUCCGGAGACUGGAACGCCGCUGGGCGCCAGCAUACUGAAGCGUCUGGGCAUCGACGACAGCAGCGACUACACGAAACCCUUGAUGGAUGCGCAGGCCAUGCAGAUGCAGCUGCUGCGCUCCACGUAUGCCACGCGGGAUCGCAGCGCCAGCGAGUCGAGCUCCGCCAGUCGCGUGGAGUCCGCCUACACGCCGGACAGGCAGCAGGCUACGCCUCGACGCACGCCUGACACGCCGGCCUCUUCGGUUACUGUGGCCACGCCCUCGCUACCACCACCGCCCAGCAGCAGCAGCACCACCAUCAUCAAGUCGGAGCCCCUGGAGCCGGAGGCCGGCGAGCUGGAGCCCACCAGCCGGCAUCUGAUCAAUGUGAAGAAGGAGUUCAGCAUGGAACAUGCCACGGGCAAUCCCCGCGAGAGUCCCAGUGCCGGCAGCGAACGGUCCAACAACUCGCCGCCUGUCCAGAGCACUACGCUAGCCGAGAGCGGCAGCCUCCUCGCCCUUAACUCCAUGUUCGAUCAGCUGAGCAGCGUCGAGACCAACAACAAUAAUACAGGACAUUGCUUCAACAACAACAACAACAAUAACAAUAACAACAACAGCAAUGCGAAUGCCAGCGCGAAGAAGCCAAAGGCUCACCCCUUGGCCGCCCUGCAGAAACUCUGCGAGACAACAGAUCCGCCGGCCUCAAAUACGCGAAGUGCAUCCGCAUCUUCCACGGUUGCCGGGCUGGGCAACGGCAGCGACCUGGUCGCCUUCAGUUGGGCGUGCAACGAGGCGGUGCUGAGCGCCGGCGCCGGGGCGGACGCCAUCAUCAAGUGCUCGUUCUGUGAUACGCCGUUCGGCUCCAAGGGCGCCUAUCGCCAUCAUCUGUCCAAGGUGCACUUCGUGAAGGACGCCGGCGAGGAUUCGCCGCCGCUGAAGUCGCCGGCAGCCGCGCAGUCGCCCAAGUCGCUGCCGCUGGCUUCGCCCAAACGUUCGGCCUCGCGCAGUCCGGCAACGCCAGCUGCACCCCCGCAGCUGCAGCCGCAGAUGUCGCCCUCGCCUUACGACGAGAGUCCGCAGUCGAAGUUUCUCAAAUACACGGAGCUGGCCAAACAGCUGUCCUCCAAGAAUGCCUAAACGUAAGCAAUGGAGGGGGGGGGGGGAGAGGUCAACUUACGCUAUGCAACAAAAAAAACUAGAAGUGUUAAUUGUUCUUAAUUGUGUUGCAUAGUGUAAUCGAUGCUUCAGCUGAAACUCUUACGCAGAGCUCUGCAUUGAUUCCGAUCAAAGAGAACGAAUCAAGUCUGCAGAUAAUUUAGCUCUCGCUCUCGCUCUCUCUCACUCGCUCACACGCUCUCGCAUUUUAUCGCUCUCUGCAGCCGCAUUUCCCCUACUUUGCUGAAUUGGCGGCAACAUUUCCCCAAGUCUGUGUAUUUGCCCCAUGCUAACUGUCUGGGGUAGUAGUGUGUGACGUCACGGCGCUGACGUCUCAGUUUGCCCAGUUUUAUUGUUUGCCAAAUCGCACAGCUUGCCAUCGCAUUCGCACGCGCGAGAGGCGUGCAAAAUUCAAUUACCACCACUUUGACGAACUGCUGUCCAUCAAAGAGCACAGACACAGACGCACACACACAUGCAGACUGACUCGCAUUAACAGUGCAGUGCAAUUGCAGGCGUGCUAAAGAGCGAGACGGCUGUAGUGUGCGCAGUAGUUUGACGAAAGGCGACGACAACAGUUCGUCAAAAUGAAAAACAAACACACAAAGCAAGCGAGCAGCAGCAAAAACAAAACACAAAAGCAAACCAUGCUGACCCAUGCGAUUGGAUGGAGCAACGGCAGCAAAACAACAAUAAGAACGCUCAAGUGGGUGGGGGUAUUAUUGAGUGGAAUCGAAACCGGUCUGAGCGCAGAGAGCAAAUUCAUUGAGUGCAUUUUGUUGGCUCAAAAGAUAUUGCAAAUCGAAAUCAUUUUUCGCGGUUCCUGGUCAAAAUGUGUGCCAAAAACUACAAAAAAAAAAAAAAAACAAAAAACAAAAAUAAAACAAAAUUAAUUAAUUAAAAUUAAGUAAUUACAAAAAUGCAACGCAGUAUACGUAAAAUCUUGAAAAACCAAAACUUUCUCUCGAAAAAAGAAAACUAAUUUUUAAAUUGUAUUUUUGUUCCUUUGAAAAUGAUUGUAUACCAAGCCAAGAGGCAACAGUUAGGGUGGCAAUUUGAAAUACGCAUUCAAUAGUUUAAUGUAAAUAAACUUAGUAAUUAGCACUUCCUU